GAGAUAAGAAAGUGUUGAGCAAAUAAAGCAGCAAUACAAUUUUAAUAGGCAUUGUGAAUUUAUCAGAAAAGAAGUUUAUGAAGUGAAUUUUUCAAAAAAAAAAAAAAUUAUUUAUCAAGUAUUAAUUAUUAUCAUAGUGAAAAAUUUGAUAAGUCCAAAAAAUGAUAAAAUUAAUGAAAAAAAAAUCUUCAAAAGAAUUUAAAAUCCUUAACAAAACAGUGACAUCACAUUUCACCAACCGUUCUGAGCUACUCACCAAAAACUGGCGAUGUUUUUCAUUGGAAAAUUUUAAAUUGAUUUACAUAAAGUAAUCAAAUUGAAUUUGUUUACGAAAGAGCAUUUGUUUUGAGAAGAAGACCAACACUGAACAAGAAUUAUUUUAUAAAACAACCGGCUUGUACGUAAUCAUUUUGAUGAUAUAGAAAGCAAGGAACAACGCACUUUUUUUUCGGGGAGAGAACGCGUUACGACAUCUUGGAUUGAAAGGAGCGCAGCAAGGUUUAUUAAAAAAAAGGAAAAAUAUUAGACUUACGAAAUUUGGAAACAGUUUUUAUUUUUGGUGACAGCAUAAAUUUGUGAAUAUUUAAAAACUGAACAUUUAAUUGUGCCAUUAUGGGUAGGAAAAAAAUUCAAAUUUCCCGCAUCACAGAUGAACGAAAUAGACAAGUCACAUUUAAUAAGAGAAAAUUUGGUGUCAUGAAAAAAGCAUACGAGCUAUCAGUUUUGUGUGAUUGUGAAAUAGCAUUAAUUAUUUUCUCCAGCAGUAACAAAUUAUAUCAAUAUGCAAGUACAGAUAUGGAUAAAGUUUUACUUAAGUAUACAGAAUACAAUGAACCACAUGAAUCGCUAACCAAUAAGAAUAUAAUUGAGAAGGAAAAUAAGAAUGGAACAAUGUCACCGGAUUCACCCGAACCUGAGGAAAGCUACACAUUAACACCUCGGACAGAAGCAAAAUAUAAUAAAAUUGAUGAAGAUUUUCAAAUGAUGAUGCAAAGAAAUCAACUGUCAUCAAAUCGCACAAUGGGCAGCGCCGCAAAUAGUUAUUCUCUACCAGUUUCAGUUCCUGUCUCGUACAAUGAUGGAAAUUUACUUCAAGCGAGUCCUCAAAUGGCACAUCAAAAUAUCAGUCCUCGUCCUUCAAGUUCUGAAACUGAUUCAGCUUUUCCAAAUACAAUGCUUGAAAUGUCAAAUGGAUAUCCGUCAUCACCACUCGGUCCAUCACCUAGUCCUAGUCCUGGGCUUAUUGGUCACCAUAAUAACAAAUCACAUCACCUAAUACAUAGUAAACAACAUUCGCCAUCUAAUCGAAGUACAAAUCUUAGAGUUGUUAUACCUUCAACUCCAACAUCAUCAUCUAAUCUGACAUCAGAUGAUUUAAAUUAUUCAGAGCAUGCUCGACUAGUCACCACAUUAAAUACUCCUGUUAUUGCUCUACAGACUCCCAUUGUACCGAGUUUAAAUUCGUAUCCUGUAAGUUCAUUUGGUGCUCAAGAUUUUUCUAUGACGUCAUCCGACCUAAACAUGAUAACUUCGUGGAACUCAUCGCACCAAAAUUUAAGUGCAUCAUUACACAACAGUGGAAUACCUCAUUUGGCUGUCUCAAAUAGUACGCCACCGCCUUCUUCAUCACCUAUACCAGUAAAAAUAAAAGCCGAACCGAUAUCACCUCCCCGUGAUCAAAUGCUUAGUCACCAGCAACAGUCAUUAAGUGCAUCAUCGAUAAUUGGUGGAAAUCAUGGAGGUUCUUUAGGUAGCACUUUAAAUCAUUCUCAUUUAAUGAAUUCACGGCCAUCCUCAACUGGUCAUUUAACUCCUACUACACUCGGUUCAUCAACAACGCCACAUUCACCAAUCAGUCACAAUCACAAUCAGUCAAUUGGUGGUUUAUCGUCACAUUUACCAGACUACGAAAAUGCAUCACAUGCAAAGCGACCGCGGAUUUCUGAGGGAUGGGCCACAUAGCCAAACAACAUAGGUGCUGUUAAUAAUAAUUAUUUGAAUGUCAAUCAAUUUCAACAAAAUUGUAUGAACAAUGGUAAGACUUUACUCAACAGCAACAACAAUAAUAACAACAUCAAUUCAAUAAAUCUAUCAUCAGUAUCAUCUGAUGUUAACAAUAUCUAUUAUCAUCGACAUAAUAUUUCAAAUAGUGUCAUAAAGAUGAGUGAACAAUACAAUAAUUGCAUGUGUUAAGUUCAUUUCAUGAAAUGAAUAUGAAACGAUUACAUCACAAGGAUAUAUAGAAGAAAUUCAAUGCAAGAAAGAAUGAAAAACGUAACUAUGGUUUAUGUUGGAAAAAGGUGCAAUUGAUUUAAAUGAAAACAAAAUAUGGAAAUAUUGAUUCAUUCAGAUGAAGAGAAAUAGUCAUUUUCACAUUUAUUAUUUUACAUUACUUUAAAUUUCCAUAUAAAUGGAUUAUAUAGUAACUAUGUGCAAAUAUAAAAUUUAAGUUUAAUUGUCUAAAAAAUGGAUUUUUAAAUGAAAGAAUAUAGUGCCAUUCAGAUGGUAUUCGGAGAAGAAAAAAAAUGAAAAAUAUCACCGUAGAUAAUUGAUUCAGUUAUGCGAAUACGUACAUUUGAAUUAUUGCAUAAAAUGCAACUUCACACAUUUUUUUCUUUUGUGUAUAAAGAUGAUGAUACCAUAUACUAAUGGGUUUUCUUCGAAUUCCUAAUUUGAUGUUAACUUGUUGACGUAGAUUUGAGUUCAAAAAAUAUUUUUGAUCAUUUAAAUUUGAGUUUGCAACGUAGUCUAGAAUAAAAUAUAGAUUUAUUACAAAAAUAAAAAAAAAUAAAGGGCGAUAACAUCUUGAAUGUGAAAAGCUUAAAGAGAUAAUUAAUUAGACAAAAAAAAAGCACGAUUAAAAAAAGAGCAUAAACAUGAUCGAUAUUAAAAUUAAAUUGUAGGUGUAAUAAAAAAUAUUGAAAAAUAUAAAGGAACUUCCGCCCCUAGCCAAAGUAUAAAUCUUAAAAAAAAACAUACAAUUUAGGAUGUUAUUGGAUAGUGCACACAAAACCAUACUAAUGCUCUAAACUUUCCGAGCCGCCAUACUUCAUGAUUUCACAUAACAUAAAGUGAUGAAAUUUGUAAUAUUAAAAGAAUACAUGUCUAAUGAGAAAAAUGUAUGAAAAAAAAAUCGAGGAUAUGUGCAAUGUGUACUUACUUGAAAAAAAAUAUAUAAAAGAAAAAAAAAUUGUGAAAAUGAUUAUAUAUAAAGAUAUAUAUCUAUAUAUUUAAUGUUAUUUACGGAAAAAUUGGGUACAAAUGUAUUAGAAAUAUUAAAAAAAUGAAAAAAAAAAUGAUUUUUGAUAAAUGAUGAAUUAAAAUUACAAAAUGUGAACCUUGAGUGCAGAAAAAAAUUUAAGAAACAAUGUUAUAAUCAUUAGAAAAUUUAAAAAAGAAUUUACAGCGCAUUUUCUCCGUCAAAUGAUCACAAAAUUACGAUAUAACUUUCAAUUCUUAUUUUGGAAAUCGCAAAAAAAUAGAGCCCAAUAAGUACUCAAGUUUCAUGGUAACCAGGGAAUUUGUCUACUUUUAUGGGAUGAGUUUACAUCAAUUUGCUGCCAAUAAAUUUUGUGAAACAUAGAAAAAUUGUAUAGAAAUCAGGAUAAAAUAUCUCUGGGAGUAGAAGCUGUGACAGACGGAAUAAUGUGUGAGAAAUAAAGACACAAACCUGAAAAUGCGCUUAAAUUACAAUUGAAGGAAGAUUGGAGAUGAAAAAAUUGUAAUUUUAAUAUCUCAAUAUACAUAAUGAAAGCACAUUGCAUAUGUGAGUCGAAAGAAAAAUCAAUAUGUACUACGUUUUUACUGUCAUAUGUUCGAUUUAAUUCUUUCAUCAAUUACCAUAAUGUGUUAGUGUGUACAAAUGUAUGAAUUUCGACAGGAGUGCUGAACAUAUAUGUCAGAAUCUUAGCAUGUUGCUAACAAUGAGGUGCACGCAAGUGAAAAGUACAGUAGAGUGAAGAAAAAAACAAGGAUAUUUUUUAAAAGCAAUUUCCACUAACACUACGAAAGAAAUUCUAAUUAAAUGCUCGUUAUACCAUUUUUUUCGUUAGCUUCAAUUUGUUUGUUUCUUUUAGAAUUUCAAUUCAGUCUUUUUCUUCUUUAAUGAUAAUACAAUCUAAUUAAGUUUUAUUUUAUAAUUAUUAGUAAUUUGUAGAUACUCAAUUGAAAGCAUUGAAUGUGAAGAUGCUUGUUAAGGUAGAUGUGAAAAAUAAUUUUUUGUCGAUAUAGGUGGAAUUGUGUGCCAUUGUGUUUUGUUUUAACUUUACUUCAUUUUUGAUAAUAUUAAAUAAUAUCAGUAAUUUUACUUCUUUGAAUUGAUGAUUGAAAUUAAAUUCAUAUUGAGUUAGAUUUCAUCAUAAUUAAGGUGUACAUACUUAGAAGAAUUUGAUAGAUUUUUCUCAAGAAAAUACUCUGAAAUCUGAAGAAUAUGUUGAGAUAUAAACUGAACAAAAUAUGUUAAUACAAAGCAACUUUCCAAAAUUUUGUGUACACAACCAAAUUACCCCCCAAAAAUCUGUCAAAUUUUUUUAAUGCUGACGCACCUUCCACAUAAUGAUAAUGAGUUUUUCUUUUUCGUUUUUAUUGCAAUGUGUGUAUUUUCUUCUUUUUUUCUUCUUUCUUUAAUUUAUAGCUGAUCAUUAUUACUACCUAUUAUAAAUUUUAUAGUUAUUAUUUGCUUUAAUAUUAAAACAACACCUCAGACUCAAUUGUAAUGUUAAAAAUAUAGAGAAUAAAUAUCAUCAUAUAUACAUGCAUAUAUAUAAUGGUUUCACAUAUAUGUAAUGAUAAAAAAAAAAUAGUCAAUAGAUAAGGAUCAAUUCAUUAAAUUUAAAAAAGAAAGAAAAAAAUUAUGAGAAGAAAAAAAAUCAAUGUUCUCUAAGUCUUUACUGGAUACUGUACUCUAUUCAUAAAAGAAAUUAGAAAUAUGAAAGAAUAAGAAAAGGAUGUGGCUUAGUAAACACUAAGUUAGUAUUCUCUAUAAUGUUCUGGUAGCUUUUAUUUCCUUUUUAUUUUAAAAAAAUACUUCUUUUAAAAGAAAAAAGUAAAAUUUUACCUUAAAAAUUUAAUUCUUUUCUUUUCUAAUUGUCUAGAGAUUAUAAAAUAUU